UUUUUCUGUUCCAAGUUCUCUAGAUUUCAGAUCAGAGUCCUUCAAAGUUCAGGAUCCAAAAGCUUGGCAAAAUCUCACCUUUUAAUUGUGGUGAAUCGAUCUUAAAUCUUCUGGGAAUUUGGAAUUUGUGGGUGCUCUACUUAGAGGGAAACCAAUGAUGCUGUGAAAUAGAGAAGAUUCAUCGUUAGGGAGAACAAAGGAAGCUUGAAAAGAUGGCGUGCAGGGGGUUCUGGGAGUGCUUAUUGAAGCUUUUGAACUUUUUGUUGACGAUUGUUGGGUUGGCUAUGGUGGGUUAUGGGAUUUACUUGCUGGUUGGAUGGAAUAAAACUUCAGAUGACUCGGGUUCCAUCGCGCCCACCAGCGACAAUCAGGAACUAUUACAGCUCGGUCGCCCUAUGAUGUUGGCUGUGUCUCUGUCGACUAGUAUUCUUGAUAAAUUACCUAAAGCCUGGUUUAUAUACUUAUUCAUUGGUAUUGGAGCUAUUCUCUUCGUCAUAUCUUGUUUUGGUUGCAUUGGAGCAGCAACCAGGAAUGGGUGCUGCCUAACUUGUUAUUCUUUGUUGGUGGUCUUGUUGAUCUUAGCAGAGCUGGGGUGUGCUGCUUUUAUAUUCUUUGACAAGAGCUGGAAAGAUGCACUUCCAACUGACAAAACUGGAGACUUUGAUUUGAUCUAUGAUUUCCUUAAAGAGAACUGGAAAAUCGCAAAAUGGGUUGCUCUGGGAGCUGUUAUAUUGGAGGCACUGGUGUUCUUGUUAGCUAUAAUUGUAAGGGCUGCAAACAGUCCAGCAGACUAUGACAGUGAUGAUGAAUACCUUGGCCCUAGGUCUGGAGUCCGGCAACCAUUGGUAAACAGGCAAGGAGUUCCAGCACCAGGAGUACCUGUGGGUCCCACCCUUGAUUCACGUUCAAACAGGAAUGAUGCCUGGAGCACAAGGAUGAGGGAAAAGUAUGGGCUUGAUACAGCAGAGUUCACAUACAACCCGAAUGAGUCAAACAGGUACCAACAAACAGCGGCACAACCGGCAGAGGAAAAGAGUCGUUGCACCAUAAUGUAGUUUAAUCAUCUGGUGUUGCUUGAAUCCAAGGAGGGUGGUUCUCUGAAGACAGAUUUUGCUGGACAUUGGUGUGCACUACUUUGAAGUUUGUAAGUCCAAGUGUGAUUUUUCCCCACUUUUUUUCUGGCUUGUGUUGUACAAACUUUUUUUUUCAGGAGUUCUGUUUGUCCACUGGUAGUUUCAGAGAAAAGUUUCUCAUUAGUUCUA